CCCUCGGGAGCAGCUAUGCUAGGCAACUCGGCGCCCAGGCCUGCGGCGCGCGAUGUGGGCUCGGCCCUGCCCUCUCUGCCGCCGGAAGACCAGGACAAUGUCAACCCUAAGAAGGUGGCGUCCGCCCAGCAGCCGCGGGCGCUGAAGGCUGGGAACGCGCUGUAUCCCGCGCUGCAGCAGAGGCCCAAGACGCGGCGGGUUGCACCACUUAAGGACCUUCCCAUAAAUGAUGAGCAUGUCACUAGGGCUCCUCCUUUAAAAACAAGCGAUAAACAGCCUAGAUUUACCAUUCAUGUGGAUGAAGCAGAAGAGGAACCUCAAAAGAGACCAACAGAGUCUAAAAAAACAGAGUGUGAAGAUGUCCUGGCCUUUAAUACUGCCGUCGCUUUACCUGGAACCAGAAAACCAUUGGUACCACUUGAUUAUCCAAUGGAUGGUAGUUUUGGAUCACCACACACUAUGGACAUGUCAAUUGUAUUAGAAGAUGAAAAGCCAGUGAGUGUUAAUGAAGUACCAGACUACCAUGAGGAUAUUCACACAUACCUUAGAGAAAUGGAGCUCAAAUGUAAACCUAAAGUUGGAUAUAUGAAGAAGCAGCCAGACAUCACUAACAGUAUGCGGGCCAUACUUGUGGACUGGCUAGUUGAAGUGGGAGAAGAAUAUAAACUCCAGAAUGAGACCCUGCAUUUGGCUGUGAACUACAUUGAUCGAUUCCUCUCAUCCAUGUCUGUGUUGAGAGGCAAGCUUCAGCUUGUAGGCACUGCUGCUAUGGUGCUGGCUUCAAAGUUUGAAGAAAUAUACCCCCCAGAAGUAGCAGAGUUCGUGUACAUUACAGAUGAUACCUAUACCAAGAAACAAGUGCUGAGAAUGGAGCACCUAGUUUUGAAAGUCCUUGCUUUUAACUUAGCUGCACCAACAGUAAAUCAGUUUCUUACCCAAUAUUUUCUGCAUCAGCAGCCUGCAAACUGCAAAGUUGAAAGUUUAGCAUUGUUUUUGGGAGAAUUAAGUUUGAUAGAUGCUGACCCAUACCUGAAGUAUUUGCCAUCACUUAUUGCUGGAGCUGCCUUUCACCUAACACUCUACACAGCCACAGGACAAAGCUGGCCUGAUUCACUAGUACAAAAGACCGGAUAUACCCUGGAAAGUCUUAAGCCUUGCCUCAUGGACCUUCACCAGACCUACCUCAAAGCACCACAGCAUGCCCAACAGUCAAUAAGAGAAAAGUACAAGAACUCAAAGUAUCAUGGUGUUUCUCUCCUCAACCCACCAGAGACACUAAAUGUGUAAGAGUGAAAGACUGCUAAAAUGAAAAUUAUCCAAAGCCAAUGUUGUAUAGUUCUUAUCUUGGGUUUUGAUUUCACAAUUAUUUCUGAAUGUCAAUGUUACAGCCACACUCAAAUUAUGGUAAUCUCUUACUUUUAGUGGUUUUGAAUUUGUAUAUCUUUUG